AUGUCCAAUAAUAAUUUGAGAAAGACGAGUGAGGAUCCAAAGAAGAGUGUGCAACCAUCUUCAUCCAAAUCCACUCCAAAACCUAAUCCGAUGACAAAAACCUCAUCUUCCUCUUCAUUGAAUGCAUCAUCUUCCUCUGCUGCAAAAAAGAAGGAACAACCAACAAAUUCAUCUAGCAAACCAUCUUCAUCCUCCUCAUCCAAUUCAACAUCUUCAUCCUCUAGGAAACCUCCAAGUGGUGCCUCAUCCACCACUUCUGCUGCUCCUUUGAAAAAACAAACCAGUUCCAAUUCCUUGUCAUCUUCAUCCUCUCAAAAAUCCUCUUCCACCACAAGUAAUAACAGCAGCAACACUUCCACCAAGAAAUCCACCACCAAUAAUUCAGAAUCAAGCUCUAGCAAAUCAACUAGUUCUGGAACAACACCUAGAAAAUCCAAGGACGACAAGACUAUUCCACCAUCCCCAUCAAGAAGAAAAUCAGCAACAUCAGCCUCUUCAUCAUCCCCAAUGAAUGGAGUUAAAAGAAAGAGAAUUACAGAUUCUUCCUCCGAAUUACAAGGAUUGAAGGGUGAAGUUGCUCGUGGUCGUUCAGACAAGAUUUCCAAUCUUCUUGGAGAUUCCAUCGAAGAAAAGAAACGUAAAAAAACUAAAAUUAUUGAUGACGAUGAAACCAAUGAGGAUAAAUCUGAAGUCAAGAAGAAUUCCUCCAAUAAUAAGGACACUAGUAGCAGCAGUGGCAAUAAUAGUGAAAAUAAGAAAUCUAGCACUACCACUAGUCAUAAGAAAUCCUCUUCUCAUGUCAGUAGUGUGAGACCUCAAUCAUCAUCAAGUCAAACUAAGGAAUUGAAACACCAUCAAAGAAAAACUCAAAACUCUAUCAAGAAACAUUUCAUUUCAGUAGAUAGACCAGAUUUAGAAAAUGAUUUUCCAGACAAUGAUCUCACAACUGAUUCCUCUGUUGUUCUAUUCGAUAAUCAAAUGUAUUUGAGAACUGUUUAUGAAAUAAUAAAGGAAAAGAGAAAAUUGUAA